AAAAAAAAUUGUACAAUAAUAAAAAUAGUAGUUUUUUUUUUUUUAACUUUUCUUUAUCCCCUUCCCCCUUUUUCUUCUUUUCUCUUUUGUAUACAGUUAGAAUAAAUAUUCAUAAAAGAUGCAUAAUAAUAGUCAGCAUUUAUUACCUUCAAAAACAACAUUUAUACCAACUAAUAUAAAGACAUCUUAUGUAGCUCCAACUAGAAGUUGUAGUAAUAAAAUUGUAGUCGCUAAACGACAACAAGAAAGUGUAGUUCAUAUUACCAUCACUGCGGCUGGUACCGUCAUUUAUACCCAAACAGCUACCUCUUAUUCUUAUAUUCCAAGUUAUUCUCCUGUUUAUGAAUCUCCUGCAAUAAAUGGAAAUAACAGUAAUCAAAAUGAUCCCAACAGUCAUUUCCAUAAGAACAAUAAUCAAUUGAAUAUAGGCGCCAUCAUAGGUGGCGUUGUUGGUGGUGUUGCUUUAAUAGCUUUAAUAGGUUUAGGCUUUUUAUUUAUGCGUCGUAGAGCACAAAAGCAAAAGAGAGAAAAAGAAAAAAAUGAAUUUAUUGAUGAUGACGACGAUUCUUAUUAUCAAACAAAUAACAACAAUCGUCAUUCAACUUCUAACGAAAUAACGACUACAACUGCGGAUGGAAUAAUAACAAAGACAACAGCUGGUUGCUCACCAUUAGCUCCUAGACAUCUAGUGGCUCCUCUAGAAGGAGAUGGAAGAGAAUCAAAAUUUUAUCCACUAACAAAUGAUGGUUAUUACUAUGAGGAUAUAAUCGCUCCUUCUUACCCACCCACAAAAGCAUUUUAUUCAAGAAAUAAUAGUAUUACUUCUGAUUCAUUACCUUCAACUGCAAUUGACAGUAAUAAUAAUAUAUCAACAAGUUAUAAUGGCAUGCGACAUGUACCUAAUGAAGUUGAUUAUCCUGUUGUUGCUACUAAUUUAGAAGAACGACAUGUACCUCAUUUAAAAGAUGAUGAUGAUAUUCCUAGAAUAGAACCUCCUCAUACUAGAGAUUAAUUGUAUCAACUAUUUAUAUGUAUAAUAAUAAAAAAAAAUAAAUAAAUAACAAGACAUGAUAUUAUAAAUAAAUAAGCUUCUUGUUGUUAAAUUA